AUGGCUUACAAGGUAUUAGUGACGGAUUACGUGUGGCCCUCCGUAGAGCCAGAAAAGGCGGUGCUGGCUCAGAUCGGGGCCGAGCUCGUGGUGGCGCCGGACGGCAGCGAGGCCACCCUUGCCGAAUUCGCGAGGGACGUUGACGGCAUUCUGACGUGCUUCGCGCAGGUUACCGAUACCGUCCUGCGAGCGGCGGAGAAAUGCGUCGUGGUUGGACGCUACGGGGUUGGGGUAGACAACAUCGCGGUGGACACGGCAACGGAACUGGGCAUGGCGGUUACCUACGUGCCGGACUACUGCGUCGAGGAGGUCUCCGAUCACGUCAUGGGGCUGCUGAUGACCUGGAACCGGCGCAUUGCGUAUUUCGACCGGCUGGUCAAAACCUCCGGCUGGGGCAGCCUGUCUCUGACCAUACCGAUCUGA